AUGGGAGAGGAAGUGAGGAUGAGCGAUUACGAUGUUUCGGGCGAAGGAGAUAGGGUUCUCGAAUGGGAGAUGGGGCUACCUAGCGACGACGAUUUGACAUCGCUUUCUUACUCUCUGAUUCCUCCGAAUCUCGCCAUGGCUUUCAGCAUAACUCCGGAGAAGAGCCGUACGAUCGAAGAUGUGAAUCGCGCAUCGGAGACGACGUUCUCGUCCCUGCGCAGCGGAUCCUCCGGUCUCAACACCUCUUCCUCGAACAACAACAGCGUCGCGGUGGAGGAGGAAGAUCGAGUCGGAUCGAGCAGCCCCGGAUCGGAUUCGAAGAAACAGAAGACAUCCGGCGAUCUCUCCACGGCGGCGGCGGAGGAAGGAGAUUCGGGAACUGAAGACCCUACUGGGAAGACGCUGAAACGACCGCGUUUAGUGUGGACGCCGCAGCUGCACAAGAGAUUCGUGGACGUUGUGGCUCACUUAGGGAUAAAGAACGCAGUGCCGAAGACGAUUAUGCAGCUGAUGAACGUGGAAGGAUUGACUCGAGAGAACGUCGCGUCUCACCUCCAGAAGUACAGGCUGUACCUCAAACGGAUGCAGGGAUUGACGACGGAAGGUCCUUCUUCUUCCGAUAAGCUCUUCUCCUCGACGCCUGUGCCUCCACAGAGCUUCCAAGAACUCGGAGGCGGUGGUAACGGUAACGGUAACGGCCAGGGGAAUGUGUCGGCGGGAGUGCCGGUUCCGGUGCCGUAUGGAGCGCCGCCGAUAAUGCAGAUGCCUGUCUAUGCGCAUCAUAUGGGUAUGCAAGGAUAUCAUCACCAGAGUCACGGUCAUGAUCCUUAUCAUCAUGGAACGGGAGGACCUGGAGGGUUUGAAGCAAAUCCAUACAUGAUGUAG